GGCGGGAGGCGGGACUUCUGCUCAAACCGGUGGCGCCAAGGCCGGGGUCGGCCGCGAUGGAGGCCGUGCUGGAGCAGGUGGGGCAGCUGCCCGCGCUCCUGGCCGUUUCCCGCUCCACGCUGGUGCGGGACUGGGACUCCCUGACCCUGGACAGGGCUCUGGAGUGGGCACGGUAUUUCCAGCACCUCCACGACCGCUUCCGCACCCGGCCUCGCCUCCGGGAAGCCCUGGGGCGGCGGCUGCGGCGGGGUCAGCCGAGCCCCCUGCUCGGCUUCUCCCACCUGGGACGCUGCCCGCAGCUGCUGGGCCUGGCGCUGCUCGAGAACCGCGCUCUGCCGCCCACUGCCUGCCGCCGCCUGAUCCACAACUUGCUGCAGCCUCCCGGCGCGGAGGCCGGCCCUGAGCCCCGCAGCCUGGCGCUUCUCGCCCGCCGGAAGGCCGCCUCCCACCUGCUAGCGUUGCCCCCCGGCCCGCCGCGGCCCCCGGCGGGGAUGGAGCCGCAGGUGCAAGCGGAGGCGCAGCUGCUGCUGAGCCGGCUGCGGGAGGAGGGGCGGGAGGCCGAGCCGGCUGGGGAGGCCGCGGGGCGGCUGCGCUGGCUGUCCCCUGCCCUGGAGCAGCUCCCCCAGGCCCGGGCCUUCGAGGUGGUGGCGGCGGCGCUGCUGCUGCUGGGGCAGGGGAGUGGUGCCGAGCAGGCCGGAGGCAGGGGUCAGGCUGGGAACAGCCUAGACAGAAACCUGGCGAGUGCAACGGCAGAUGAAUGGGUUGCCGGGCCCCUGCUUUCCUGGCUGCUGGGCAACCUGGAGCGAUUUUCUGCCUUCUGCCUUUUCCUCCCAGGCUCCCUUCUUGCCUCCCUAGCUGGUCACUAUUCCCAGUUAAGCAGACCUUAUUUGGACCUCUUAAGCGGCUGGGGAAGCCACUUGCUCUAUGACCCCUUGCAGGGACGGUGGGUUAAAAGUGCUCUUGACAAAGCUGAAUUGUCCUGGGAGGAGCUGAGGGAGCGCUUCAGCUGCCUCUGUCAGGGAUCUGCGCUACUCAGGGGACAGACCCAAGCUGCUCUGAAACUCCUGAAGGCACGGGAUGGAGACUUCAAAGUCUGUGGCCUAAGUGUAUGGACUGACUUACUGAUGGAACUAGAGGAAUAUCUGAGGAAAGAAGCAGAGCGCUAA